AUGGAAUCCGGUAGAUUGUUUGAUAUUGCAGUAAGUGAUUCUUCGACAGCUUUCGCCUACAUUGAUACGGAGUCAAAAGAUGAUGAAUGUAAAAUUGAAAUCGUUGAAAAAGUGUGCCAACAGCGAGUGGUUUUCAGUAAACCAAGUGUUCGACGAUUGAUUAUUGAAAUGUAUGCGGCUUUCAAUGAUUGUCAAAAGUUGGCCCAAAAUGACGAUGUUUUAGAUCCAACCACGUAAGACUUUUAUUGAUAUUUGGCUUGUAGAUAACAGUAUUUUCAUCAUAGGUCUUGCGAGAUUUCGCGUUCAUAUCGAUCAAUUUUGCUCAACGCCGCGAUUGCUCACUCAAAUUCUGAUCUUCUUGAUGAUUUUUCCUUGUGGUCGCUUUAUGAGAAACUUUAUUUCUCAAGAAGUGACGGUUCGAUAUGUGCUGAUUUGAUUUCAUGGGCCAACGAGAGUUUCACAUUUGUCAAAACCGCAACACUCAAAGCGGCCGAAGAAUUCAAUCCAUCUGCCGAACAACAAUCGGAAGAAUAUUGGAAAGGAGUUGCGCUUUCAUUGCUCACUUGUAACUUCAAGGAAUGUAUCGAGCUAUUAUCAAUGUUUUCGAAUGAACCAGCUGUUGAUCGAUUUUUGAGUUCUCUCGAAAUGUUCAGCACUGAUUUAUUGAUUGAUGAAGGGAAAACAGAUAAAUUAAAUGAGUGGAAGGAAACUUUGACAAAUAACCUGAAAUUUGGAAAAUAUGGAAAUCAACAAAACAUCAUUUUUCUCACUAAAUUACUUAUUGGUAACGAAGAUGUAAGUAACGCGGAAUAUUUUUAUUUACAAUCAAGAAAUGUUAUUUUUUUCAGUAUUUGGGUGCUAUGGCUUCGAGAUUGAUUGAUAAUUGGUGGACAUUUAUUCCCUUCUAUGUUCUUGUCAAAAAUCCAUUGGCAAACUAUGGAGAAUUCGUAAAUUCGGCUGAUGAAUGUAGACAAUUAUUUGAAGAUCCUGAAAAUACGAAAAAUGAACCAGAUGUGUUUUGGUGUCUCAUUUCAAAGGACGAUGCUAGCUUCUAUCAAUUAAUUAUGGACAAUCCUUGGCUCUCAGUUCAUCUCGUUGAUUUGAUUCAGAAAUCAACAAAAGACGCAGAAUUGAUCGAUUUGCGGAGAAACCUUAUUCUAAACUAUGCAUCCAGUUUGAUAUUGCAUUCAAGUUUAUGGGAAAUUGGAGUUGGAUAUUUGCUACAAUGUGGGACUGAAGGAUUGCUUCGAUUAGAAUCACAUAUCGAAGGAAUUCAUAUUGAAGAUGAGGAAAUGGCUGAAAAUCUCUUUGAAAUUUGCGAAAUAAAUCGAUUGGAUGAUGCGAAAAGUUGUGUGACAAAUACAAUGACUUAUCGAUAUUUGAGAAUGGAAGAAUGGAGUGCUGCACUCGGAUGGGCUCUCAAAUCUGGAAGUAAAAAAUCAAUCGAUACUGUUGUUUCAAAGUAAGGUUCUUUUUAUCUUUUUCCUCUAAAGUAAAUAUUUUCAGAAUUGUCGGAAGUAGCAGUCGCGAAGAAAUGGCUUCUCUAAGUGUUCUCAAUACUUUACGAGUUGAUUCAGUUCACAAACCUUCCCUUUCAUUUUUAUAUAAUUAUCAAAGAUUUGUGAAAAUGAUGCAAAGUGGAGAAUUGAGCGAUUGUGUAAAGGUAACUAAUUAUUGGAGAAAAAUUUUGAAUCUGAAAAUUUGCAGCAUCUUGUUCCACUUAUCAUGAUGCCCGAUGUUCCAACACAAUAUUAUUCAGAUUUGUUUGAUUAUUUGAUUUUCAUCAUCAAAGAGGAUGAUAUGGUGAGUUUUUUCUAAUGAAAGUCGAUAAUUGUUUCUGAAAAUCUAAAAAUUUCAGAGAACUGGAAUUCGCUUCCCCAAAGAGAUUCUCUACGAACUAUCAACAUUUUUGGCCACAUUUUCGUUGGAUAAAAGUGUCGAUUUGGAAGAUGGAUAUUUGAGACGAGUCAAAGUUCUGAAGAAAAUGGUAAUGCUGAAAUUGGCCGAAUCGAUAUCGAAAGGAAUCAUGUGCCAAUAG